AAAAAAGAAUUCAAUGGAAUUUUUUUUUUUAUUAAUCAAAUCAUUUGCCAAGCAUUUAUUUUAUUGAUAUGCAAGUCACCUUUAGGUACAAUUAAGAAUAAGGGAAAAGAGAGAGAGAAAGAGAAAGAAACGAAGUGUUCUAUUUUAUAAUAUUAUACAUUUAACUUUUAUUUUAUAUAAUUAAAGAGAUAGGCGCUUUAUUGCUUACGAUGGAUAAUGUGUGUUUGUGUGUUCUAGACAUAUUAUUAUACUGCCUACUAUGCUGUAUGAUUUGUUUGUGAAUGAAUUACUAGGAAAAUAAACUGAUAAGUAAAAUAUAUUAGUUUCAGAACAUUGAAAACUUCAUAAUAAUAGGCCAAUUUUUUUUAUUGGUUAUUCAUUUUAAUAUCAGAUUAUUUUGACAUUAAUAUAAAUACAAGAAUGAGUCUACUAUCUCUACCUGAUUCCCCAGUUUUAUAUACAAAUAUAUACUUCAUUAUUUGAAUUUCAUUUAGCAAUGUCAUCCAAUUCUGCUCUUUUCACUCCUAUGAAGCUUGGUAAGCAUGAGCUUAAACAUCGUAUUACUCUUGCUCCUUUGACACGUUUCCGUGCUGAUCAGAAUGCUGUUCCUACUGACCUCAUGGCUGAAUAUUAUGAACAACGUGCCACUGAUGGUGGUCUUUUGCUCACAGAAGCUUGCUUCAUCACUUUUAAGGCAGGCUCUUAUCCUCGUGCCCCUGGUAUCUAUACAAAGGAACAAAUUGCGGGUUGGAAGAAAGUGACAGACAGAGUUCAUGCUAAAGGAGGUGUUAUCUUUCUUCAACUCUGGCAUAUUGGUCGUGCUGCUAUGUCAGCUAUUAUUGGUGAACAACCUGUCUCUGCUUCUGAUAUUCCUAUUUCAGGUCUUACUCUCUCAGGUCUUCCUUACGAUAAGCCUCGUGCCCUUACUAUCCCUGAAAUCAAAUCUAUUAUUCAAGAUUAUCGUCAAGCUGCUUUAAAUGCAAUGGAAGCUGGUUUUGAUGGUGUUGAAAUUCAUUCUGCUAACGGCUAUCUUCUUGAUCAAUUCAUUAACACCUCUAGUAAUAAGCGUACUGAUAUGUAUGGUGGUAGUAUUGAAAAUAGAUGUAGAUUACCUCUUGAAGUAGUAGAUGCAGUUGUAGAAGCUAUUGGGGCUGAACAUACUGCCAUUCGUUUCUCUCCUUGGUCUGGUUUCCAAGAUAUGGAAGAUGAUACCCCUUAUGAGACCUGGGGCUAUCUUGUCAAGACACUUCAAGAAAAGCACAGUAACUUGGCUUUCCUUGAUUUUGUUGAACCUCGUGUUGAUAUCAUUAAUGACACUUGUCGUAGUACGGAUGAUACACUUGAUCCUUUCCGUGAAGCAUGGAAGGGCCCCUUCAUCUCUGCUGGUGGUUAUACUUAUAGUACUCAAGCUGCCUUUGAUACAGCCGAAAAAACUGGUAACAUGAUUGGUUUUGGUCGUCUCUUUAUUUCUAAUCCUGAUCUUGUUGAACGUCUUCGUCAUGGAUGGCCUUUGAACAAAUAUGAUCGUAGCACCUUCUAUACAAAUGAUGCUAAAGGUUAUACCGAUUAUCCUUUUUAUAAGAAGGAUUAAUUAUUAUUUUUUUUUUGUAACUGUUUAUGUGUUUAAAUUUGUUUGUAUAAUAUAUAAUCAUUUCUUAAUUUGUAAAAAUAAAAGACUGCAUAACAAAA